AUGGUUUCGCUUUCUUCCUUCCUUCUGUUGAACACCAUCUUGUUCUCCGCGCUGCUUGCUGUUGCUGCCAAUGCUGACGACAAUGACUACUGGCCAUCGAUCUUCGUGUUGUAUGAAAACCUUCAGAACCAGAACAAGCGGGACUUGGUGGCUGACAUUGAAAACGAAAGCCGGCCAAAGUGGAAGCGUGAUGCUGGCUUUGGGGGACAAGGUUUUGACGGACAAGCAAUUGCCGACAGUAUUCUCUACUCCAUGCACAAGAAUCCUCACCUUCCAUCUGUCUUAAAGGAUAUGGUUAAUCACAAAUCAGAAAUCCAGCCUUACAACCCAGGUGAUGAAGAAACUUACCGCCUUGAAUAUUUUGCUUACGACAACAAUGACGACUGGAACAAAUUGAAGGUGGGGGCCAAAGAUGAUACAAAAGUGUUAUGGCAUGGUCCCAAUGACGACUGUCUCAGCCUGUUUACCUUCAAGUUACCUCAGAAUGACAGUUACACCCUCGAUGCUCAUCUUAACAACGAUCAUUGGGACUUGUUUGUUGCUGGGAGCGGUGAUGUUGUCGGCGAUUGCAAACCCGAGCCUAAGGAACUCACCUAUCAGCCUGCUUUAAGACUUCUUCUUUGUCAUGUGUGGGGUAUCCCCCAUUGA